GCAAGUAGUCACCUGUGCUUUUUAGACCUGCUCAGAAAUGCUUCACAGCCAUGAGCUUGACCAAGAAACUUGCUAGCUGCCUCCCUUUCUUUGGAAUGUCACCUUAGAGAUAUAAAACCACAGGCAUGGAAAGGACCCGAAUAUGACAUCCAGGCUACCCCCACCCCCUGGUCCUAUGACUUUGUGUUCCUAUGGAUUCUUCAGUAACUCGUUCUCUGUGUGUGUACGUUCCUGGCGCUGCAGGACUCCAGAUAUUUCCCCACCGGAUGAGGCAGGACAAUGAAGGUUAUCAGGAUGACGGAGAACAAGGAUCAACGCUGCCUCAGAGACAAGAUCUGUAUGAUUACCCAUGGGAUAAAUCCAGCCUGAAGUCAAUACCAAUGGACUUGACGCAGUUUAAGGAACUGGAUGACCAUGCAUCAACGGUGAAUGUCAAGAACAACGUGAAAAAACUGGUGAAUGUGUUGCUCCAAAAAGCCCACAGUGACCUGGAGAAAGUCCGAGCCAUUUGGAUGUGGACGUGCCAUCAUAUAGAAUACGAUGUGGAAGGAUACCAUAACAAGGUGCCUUCUGAGGCAACUGAUGCCCUUCAGUCGGGAAAAAGCGCUUGUGGGGGCUAUGCUGGCCUUUUUGAAGAAAUGUGCAGUCUUGCAGGGAUACAAUGCAAGCAGUUGUCUGGCUUUGCCAAAGGGUUCCAAUACAAACCAGGAAAAGUAUUUGAGGGGAAGACUAAUCAUGUCUGGAAUGCUGUUUUUCUUGAAGGAAGGUGGCAUCUUUUAGACAACACGUGGGGCAGCGGCUGUGUGGAUGACUCUUGUAGCAAGUUCACUUUCAGGUACAAUGAGUUUUACUUCCUUACCCAUCCUGCUCUGUUUAUUAACGAUCACUUCCCAGAAGACCACAGCUGGCAGCUUCUGAAACGGACAUUAUCAAUGCAGCAGUUUGAACGUAAUGUGUGGUAUAAGCCUGCCUUUUAUUCAGUAGGACUGACAGGCACAUCCACGGCAACGUCAGUCAUCGAAACAGAAAACGGCAAGGCAACUGUUUCCAUUGAGAGUCAUUCUCCAACCCUCUUCCUUUGCAAGCUCAACGGGGCAAACGAACACUGCUUCAUGACCCUGCAGAGGAACGGGAUGACCCUGGAAGUGUAUCCUCAGGAGGUGGGGACUCAUAGCUUGGACAUCUUCGCCAAACCUUCCAGGAGCAAGGAGGAGAACUACAGCCACGUGGUGGAAUACUCCCUGGUGUGCCCAUCUGUGGACAAAAACUUUUGCUUGCCCAAACCGCUCAUCCAGCCUGUGGGGCCCAGCUGGCAAUCGGAGGAGAAGGGGAUCCUGGGAGCCUCGCCCGCCAGUCCGAUUGUCCACACUGAUGACGGACGCUGCGUUGUCACCUUCACUCGAAGCAGAGACCUGGAUUUCUUUGCCACCCUGGACUCUGAGGCCAGCAGCACGUCGGAGGACUUGCGGAGGCGUCACAUCUGGACCACUCGCCAAGAUGCCCAUGUUGAGUUGAAGAUACAGCUCCCUCACGCAGGGACCUUUGCUCUUCACAUCUGGGCAAAGAAAGCAUCCGAUCCGGGAAACAGUCACUGCGCCCUCAGCUACCUCCUCUCCUGCCCAAACAAGAGUGUGUUGUGGCCGGUUUUCCCACAGAGUUAUACCAACUGGGAGGAUGCUUUUGAGCUGGUGGCACCAGUUGCCGGGGUCUUGCCGGCCAACCGCGAUGUGACAUUUAAGCUCAAGCUUCCUGGCGUAGAUGAGGUGUCUGUCGAAUGUGGAAAUUCUCGCCAACUGACUCUUAGCGAAGACGGUUUCUGGGAGGGAACCUGCAACACCUUGUGUGGCCCCAGGGUGACAGUGAUGAUAUCAAAAAAUGGCAGCCACUUUUUCUGGGCCCUGCUGGACUACAAAGUGGAAAGUCACUAGCUAGGAGGAGCAAAUUAAACUAUGUAAAAAGAUCUACACUUACCGGAAGAGAGGGAAACAGUAAUCCAUCAUUAACCACAGCUUGUGUGUUAACCAGGUAUAACUGGGAGAAAUAUUAGCAGUCGGAUACUGAAGUAUCUGAUAUUACGGGACUAUG